AAAAUGAUCACCAAUUUUUUGUUGUUAAGUUGGCAGUUGAUGUAUGCAGUAAGCAUUGUCUCGUUGUAUUGAUAUUGAAACAUAAGAUGGCGUUGUGAUGUGGAUAAUAGUCUAACUGUUGUAAUGUGUUCGUCAGUCUAAUAUUCAUUACAUUGUUUCGUGUUUCGGUUAAAGUGUACAUUUGUGUAUGAGUCAGCAUGGCGAUACCGCCAUAUAUUUUGGGGCCACAUCCAUGGGCCACGAUGAUGGCCCAGCAGCAAGCGGCACAUGCUCAGCUAGCAGCUGCUGCACAGGCCCAGGCAGCUCAUGUGCAGGCAGCACAUGUUCAAGCUGCUCAUGCUCAGGCUGCCCAUGCACAGGCAGCACACGCCCAUGCACAGGCAGCACAUGCUCAUGCUCAUGCGCAAGCUGCCGCACAGGCACAAGCUGCCCAGGCUGCGCAGCAAGCAGCACAAAUGCAGGCAGCAGCAGCAGUUCAACAACAAGUCCAUCCACAGGUUCACCAUCAUCCUCCACCUCCUGUGGUUCCACCCCCACAUAAGCAAAUUGAAAUUAUAACAGAGGAAAAACUGCAAGAAAAAGCUCAAAAAUGGCAGCAGCUCCAAUCAAAAAGAUUCUCUGAGAAGCGGAAAUUUGGUUUUGUUGAUGCACAGAAGGAAGAUAUGCCUCCAGAGCACAUUAGAAAAAUAAUUCGCGACCAUGGCGAUAUGAGUAGCCGCAAGUACAGACAUGACAAGAGGGUGUAUUUAGGAGCUUUGAAAUACAUGCCACAUGCAGUCAUGAAACUACUAGAAAAUAUGCCAAUGCCCUGGGAGCAGAUUAGAGAUGUGAAAGUGUUAUAUCACAUAACAGGAGCCAUAACAUUUGUAAAUGAAAUUCCGUGGGUAAUUGAACCAGUCUACAUAGCACAGUGGGGAACAAUGUGGAUUAUGAUGCGUCGGGAGAAGAGAGACCGUCGACAUUUCAAGAGAAUGCGGUUUCCUCCUUUUGACGAUGAAGAGCCUCCAUUAGAUUAUGCUGACAACGUGCUAGAUGUUGAACCAUUAGAAGCUAUACAGAUUGAGUUAGACAUUGAAGAGGAUGCUGCUGUGUACAAAUGGUUUUAUGAUCACAAGCCACUGGUUGGAACUAAGCAUGUGAAUGGCCCGACAUACAGGCGUUGGAAUCUAACUUUACCACAGAUGGCAACAUUGUAUCGCCUGGCCAACCAACUGCUGACAGACUUGGUUGAUACAAACUUUUUUUAUUUAUUUGAUCAUAAGUCAUUUUUUACUGCAAAGGCUCUAAAUAUGGCAAUUCCUGGUGGCCCUAAAUUUGAGCCAUUAAUAAAAGAUUCUAAUCCAGCUGACGAGGAUUGGAAUGAGUUCAAUGACAUAAAUAAAAUAAUCAUUCGACAACCCAUUCGUACAGAAUACAGGAUUGCAUUUCCAUAUCUCUACAAUAACAUGCCACAUUAUGUUCACUUGUCGUGGUAUCAUACACCUAAUGUUGUGUACAUUAAAACUGAAGAUCCUGAUCUACCAGCAUUCUAUUUCGACCCUCUCAUUAAUCCAAUUUCACAUAGACAUUCAAUGAAGGCAACAGAACCCUUGCCGGAUGAUGAUGAGGAGUUUGAACUACCGGAAGAAGUGCAGCCGUUCCUUCAAGAGACACCAUUGUACACAGACAACACAGCAAAUGGUAUUGCUCUCUUGUGGGCACCACGACCAUUUAAUAUACGAUCAGGAAGAACACGUAGAGCAAUUGAUGUGCCUCUGGUUAAAUCGUGGUAUCGUGAACAUUGCCCACCAGGACAACCAGUAAAAGUCAGAGUCAGUUACCAGAAGUUAUUGAAAUACUUUGUACUUAAUGCUUUGAAGCAUCGACCACCAAAACCACAAAAGAAAAGAUAUCUGUUCAGAUCCUUCAAGUCCACAAAAUUCUUUCAGACAACAACACUUGAUUGGGUUGAAGCUGGUUUACAAGUUUGUCGCCAGGGAUAUAAUAUGCUCAAUCUCCUAAUCCACCGAAAAAAUCUGAACUAUCUUCACUUGGAUUAUAAUUUCAAUCUUAAACCUGUCAAAACAUUGACGACAAAAGAGAGAAAAAAGUCCAGAUUCGGAAAUGCAUUCCAUUUAUGCCGAGAAAUACUAAGGUUGACUAAAUUGAUAGUGGACUCUCACGUUCAGUAUCGUCUAAAUAAUGUUGAUGCAUUCCAGUUGGCGGAUGGCAUACAAUACAUAUUUGCACACGUUGGCCAGUUAACGGGAAUGUACAGGUAUAAAUAUAAACUCAUGAGACAAAUAAGGAUGUGUAAAGACUUGAAACAUCUGAUCUACUACAGGUUCAACACUGGUCCUGUUGGGAAGGGACCUGGAUGUGGAUUUUGGGCACCAGGAUGGCGUGUAUGGUUGUUCUUUAUGCGUGGUAUAACACCUCUGCUGGAGCGUUGGUUGGGAAACCUGCUCUCCAGGCAGUUCGAGGGUAGACAUUCUAAAGGUGUUGCCAAAACUGUCACAAAGCAAAGAGUUGAAAGCCACUUUGAUCUCGAACUGCGUGCAUCUGUGAUGCACGAUAUUGUUGACAUGAUGCCUGAAGGAAUUAAGCAGAAUAAAGCCAGAACCAUACUUCAGCAUCUGUCAGAAGCAUGGAGAUGUUGGAAGGCCAAUAUACCAUGGAAGGUUCCUGGGCUUCCUACACCAAUUGAGAAUAUGAUUUUACGUUAUGUUAAAAUGAAAGCUGACUGGUGGACUAAUACUGCACAUUACAAUAGAGAACGUAUUAGGCGUGGAGCUACAGUUGAUAAAACAGUUUGUAAAAAGAAUCUUGGUAGACUUACAAGACUUUACUUAAAAGCUGAACAAGAAAGACAACACAACUACCUGAAGGAUGGGCCAUAUAUCUCUCCUGAGGAAGCUGUUGCUAUAUACACAACAACAGUGCAUUGGUUAGAGUCCCGAAGAUUUGCACCAAUUCCAUUUCCACCAUUGUCAUACAAACACGAUACAAAGCUGCUGAUAUUGUCUCUUGAAAGGUUGAAGGAAGCUUACAGUGUGAAGUCUCGCUUGAAUCAGAGCCAACGUGAGGAACUCGGGUUGAUUGAACAAGCAUAUGACAAUCCCCAUGAGGCACUGUCUAGAAUAAAACGACACUUGUUAACACAGAGGGCUUUUAAAGAGGUUGGUAUAGAAUUCAUGGAUCUCUACAGUCACCUGGUACCUGUUUAUGAUGUGGAACCCUUAGAGAAAAUAACUGAUGCUUACCUAGACCAGUACCUCUGGUAUGAAGCUGAUAAGAGAAGAUUAUUCCCACCGUGGGUGAAGCCAUCAGACACUGAGCCACCACCCCUCCUUGUCUAUAAGUGGUGCCAGGGAAUCAACAAUCUGCAGGAUGUUUGGGAUGUCACUGAAGGAGAAUGUAAUGUACUACUGGAAUCAAAGUUUGAAAAAAUGUAUGAAAAAAUAGAUUUGACACUCCUUAACAGGCUGUUGAGACUAAUCGUUGAUCACAAUAUUGCUGAUUACAUGACAGCAAAAAAUAAUGUUGUCAUUAAUUAUAAGGAUAUGAAUCAUACCAACAGUUAUGGCAUAAUAAGAGGGCUUCAGUUUGCUUCAUUUAUAGUCCAAUAUUAUGGGCUUGUGUUGGACUUGUUGGUGUUAGGGCUUCAGAGAGCUUCUGAGAUGGCAGGACCUCCACAAAUGCCAAAUGAUUUCCUCACAUUUCAGGAUGUUGCAACAGAAUGUGCACAUCCCAUCAGGCUGUAUUGCCGUUAUGUUGACAGGAUUCACAUAUUUUUCAGGUUCAGUGCUGAAGAAGCUAGAGAUCUUAUACAGAGAUAUUUGACAGAGCAUCCAGAUCCAAAUAACGAAAAUAUUGUAGGAUACAAUAACAAGAAAUGUUGGCCUCGUGAUGCAAGAAUGAGACUUAUGAAGCAUGAUGUCAAUCUUGGCCGAGCUGUUUUCUGGGACAUUAAGAAUCGUCUUCCACGUUCUACGACGACAAUUCAAUGGGAGAACAGCUUCGUUAGUGUUUAUUCCAAGGAUAAUCCAAAUUUACUUUUUAACAUGAGUGGGUUUGAAUGCAGAAUUUUGCCAAAGUGCCGAACAACCCACGAAGAAUUUACACAUCGGGAUGGUGUGUGGAACCUACAGAAUGAAGUAACGAAGGAAAGAACAGCUCAGUGCUUUUUAAGAGUUGAUGAAGAAUCAUUGCAACGUUUCCAUAACAGAGUCAGGCAGAUAUUAAUGGCAAGUGGAUCAACAACAUUUACCAAGAUUGUGAACAAAUGGAACACAGCAUUGAUUGGACUUAUGACAUACUUCAGAGAAGCAGUAGUAAACACUCAGGAGCUGCUUGAUCUUCUUGUGAAAUGUGAAAAUAAAAUUCAGACCCGUAUAAAAAUUGGUCUCAACUCAAAAAUGCCUUCAAGGUUUCCCCCUGUUGUAUUCUACACUCCUAAGGAGUUGGGUGGCCUUGGAAUGCUGUCCAUGGGGCAUGUUCUGAUACCACAGUCGGAUUUGAGAUGGUCUAAGCAGACUGAUGUUGGAAUUACACAUUUCCGUUCUGGAAUGAGCCAUGAUGAAGACCAACUUAUCCCUAAUUUAUACAGAUACAUCCAGCCUUGGGAGUCUGAAUUCAUUGAUUCACAGCGAGUGUGGGCUGAAUAUGCAUUGAAAAGACAGGAAGCAAAUGCCCAGAACAGAAGGCUUACUCUUGAGGAUCUUGAAGACAGUUGGGAUAGAGGAAUUCCUCGCAUAAAUACUCUUUUCCAGAAAGAUAGGCAUACUCUUGCUUAUGACAAAGGCUGGAGAAUAAGAACUGAAUUCAAGCAGUACCAGGUUUUGAAGCAAAACCCAUUUUGGUGGACACAUCAGCGGCAUGAUGGUAAAUUGUGGAAUCUAAAUAACUACCGGACUGAUAUGAUUCAAGCUUUGGGUGGAGUUGAAGGAAUCUUGGAACAUACACUUUUCAAGGGCACUUAUUUUCCAACAUGGGAAGGUCUAUUUUGGGAAAAGGCUUCAGGAUUUGAAGAAUCCAUGAAGUACAAAAAACUAACAAAUGCCCAGAGAUCUGGUCUCAACCAGAUACCAAAUCGACGAUUCACACUCUGGUGGUCACCCACAAUCAACAGGGCAAAUGUUUAUGUUGGUUUCCAGGUCCAACUUGAUUUGACUGGAAUUUUCAUGCAUGGCAAAAUUCCAACAUUGAAGAUUUCACUUAUUCAAAUCUUCCGUGCUCACUUGUGGCAGAAGGUCCACGAGUCCAUUGUUAUGGAUCUAUGUCAGGUAUUUGAUCAAGAGCUCGAUGCAUUAGAAAUUGAGACUGUUCAGAAGGAGACUAUUCAUCCUCGUAAGUCUUACAAGAUGAAUUCAUCUUGCGCUGAUAUUCUGCUCUUUGCUGCAUACAAAUGGAAUGUUUCAAGGCCAUCACUUCUUGCUGAUUCAAAAGAUACGAUGGACAAUACAACAACUCAGAAGUACUGGAUUGAUGUUCAGCUGCGGUGGGGUGAUUACGAUUCGCAUGAUAUUGAAAGAUAUGCCCGUGCAAAGUUCUUGGAUUACACAACUGACAACAUGUCAAUAUAUCCCUCACCUACAGGGUUAUUGAUUGCAAUUGACUUGGCAUACAAUCUGCACAGCGCCUAUGGAAAUUGGUAUCCAGGAUGCAAGCCUCUGAUACAGCAGGCUAUGGCCAAAAUUAUGAAAGCAAACCCUGCCCUUUAUGUACUACGGGAGCGUAUCAGAAAAGCACUUCAAUUGUAUUCAUCAGAACCCACAGAGCCAUACUUGUCAUCGCAGAAUUAUGGAGAGCUGUUCUCAAACCAGAUCAUUUGGUUUGUUGAUGACACUAACGUGUAUCGUGUAACCAUUCACAAGACAUUUGAAGGCAAUUUAACAACAAAGCCAAUCAAUGGGGCAAUUUUCAUAUUUAAUCCCCGCACAGGCCAGUUGUUCCUGAAAAUAAUUCAUACAUCAGUUUGGGCAGGGCAGAAACGAUUGGGCCAGUUGGCAAAAUGGAAGACUGCUGAAGAAGUUGCUGCUCUUAUUCGAUCAUUACCUGUUGAAGAGCAGCCAAAGCAAAUUAUUGUUACUAGGAAGGGAAUGUUGGAUCCCCUUGAGGUACACUUAUUGGAUUUUCCAAACAUAGUAAUCAAAGGUUCUGAGCUGCAGCUACCAUUUCAAGCAUGCCUUAAAGUGGAGAAAUUUGGUGAUUUAAUCUUGAAGGCAACAGAACCUCAGAUGGUUUUAUUUAAUUUGUACGAUGACUGGUUAAAAACUAUUUCAUCAUACACUGCAUUUUCACGGUUGAUUUUGAUCCUUCGAGCUCUUCAUGUCAACACUGAAAGAACGAAGGUCAUUUUGAAACCAGACAAAACUACGAUUACAGAACCUCAUCAUAUUUGGCCAACCCUCACUGAUGAAGAAUGGAUAAAGGUUGAAGUACAGCUGAAGGAUCUAAUCUUGGCAGAUUAUGGCAAGAAAAACAACGUGAAUGUUGCGUCUCUCACCCAGUCUGAAAUUAGAGACAUAAUUUUGGGCAUGGAAAUCAGUGCACCUUCAGCUCAGCGACAACAGAUAGCAGAGAUUGAAAAACAAACUAAAGAGCAGUCUCAGCUGACGGCGACGACGACACGCACUGUAAAUAAACAUGGAGAUGAGAUCAUCACGUCAACUACCUCAAACUAUGAAACCCAGACCUUCAGCUCAAAGACUGAAUGGAGAGUGCGAGCAAUAUCAGCAACCAACCUGCAUUUGCGUACAAAUCACAUUUAUGUUUCAUCAGAUGAUAUAAAAGAAACUGGAUAUACAUACAUUCUUCCAAAGAAUGUUCUGAAGAAAUUUGUCACAAUCUCAGACUUGCGAGCUCAGAUUGCUGGAUAUCUGUAUGGAAUUAGUCCUCCAGAUAACCCACAGGUGAAAGAGAUUCGCUGCAUUGUUAUGCCGCCGCAGUGGGGUACUCACCAGACAGUUCAUCUUCCAAAUAUGUUACCACAGCAUCAGUACUUGAAGGAGAUGGAGCCUUUGGGAUGGAUACAUACUCAACCUAAUGAAUUGCCACAGCUGUCACCACAAGAUAUAACAACACAUGCCAAGGUUAUGGCAGAUAAUACCUCAUGGGAUGGAGAGAAAACUAUCAUAAUAACUUGCAGUUUCACACCUGGAUCUUGUUCCCUAACUGCAUAUAAACUGACACCAAGUGGUUAUGAGUGGGGUCGCUUGAACACAGAUAAAGGUAAUAAUCCAAAAGGGUACCUACCAAGCCACUAUGAGAAAGUUCAGAUGCUGUUGUCAGAUCGCUUUCUGGGAUUCUUUAUGGUCCCCACACAGGGAUCUUGGAACUACAAUUUCAUGGGUGUUCGCCAUGAUCCCAACAUGAAAUAUGAACUGCAGUUGUGUAAUCCGAAAGAAUUUUACCACGAGGUGCACCGACCAGCUCAUUUUCUCAAUUUUUCCUCUCUUGAAGAUGGGGACGGUGUUGGUGCAGAUCGUGAGGAUGUUUAUGCUUAAAUAAUUUCAGUAACUGACAAAUGUAAAUAGUGUAAAUAAGACACUGUUGUGUGCACUUCAGAGAGCUCAAGAUGUACAUGUAUAUAAUCGUGUGCUAUAACAUAUUUUUUGUAAGAACACGGCUUCCUCCCAGAAGUAUGUCAUUUCAUAAAUACUGGGUACAUGGAGUUUUUUCAACUCUCCAGUUUUUAUUUCUUUUCCUUUCGUAAAUAUUUGUUAAUGCUUACUGCAAGCAAAAUAUUUUCUUUAAUUACAGACAGGCAGAAGUCCUACAUUUAGAUUUUUAUAAUUUUUUUAACGAGACGAAGCCAGUGGGUAAGAGAUAUGCAUGUGGCAAUUGAAUGAACCUAACUCUCAGUGGUAACUAAGUAAAUUCUACUGGAAUGAAAAUAAUAAGAAUUAAAUAAUAGCCUGUCGAUUCCUGCUACUGAGGGUAGAAUUGUAAGAGAUGUUACAGUGUGAACAUGGAGUGGUAUGUAAUGUUUUCAAAACAUUUGGGGUAUUUGUGUACACAUGCAUGUGCCAGAAAAAUCUGUUACUAAUUGUGUUCACACAUUCACUACUGCCACAACCAUUUUCUAUCUAUGUAGAAAACUCUGUGUGUGUGUGUGUGUGUGUGUGUGUGUGUGUGUGUGUGUGUGUGUGUGUGUGUGUGUGUGUUUUAAUAAUUUGACUGGCUCCUGUGGUAGUCAGUUUGUCAGAAAAAUUAAAAUAUUGUUAUGUGUUGUGUUAUUAUCAGACAUUUUACACUUUACGGUAUAGCGAGAUUAAACAUAUUGUCUCUGAUGUAUUACUGUGCCCUUUGUAAAUUAUAAAAUAAACAGUGUACCUGAAGGUUUAA